UUCUGUCCUCCCCUUCAGUCUUGCACAGGUGUACCUGCUCCUCCCCUUUCAGUCCUGCACAGGUGUAACGGCUCCUCCCCUUCAGUCUUGCACAGGUGUAUCGGCUCCCCCCCUUCUGUCUUGCACAGGUGUACUGGCUCCUCCCCUUCAGUCUUGCACAGGUGUAUCGGCUCCUCCCCUUCAGUCUUGUACAGGUGUACCGGCUCCUCCCCUUCAGUCUUGCACAGGUGUACCGGCUCCUCCCCUUCAGUCUUGCACAGGUGUACCUGCUCCUCCCCUUCAGUCUUGCACAGGUGUACCUGCUCCUCCCCUUCAGUCUUGCACAGGUGUACCGGCUCCUCCCCUUCAGUCUUGCACAGGUUGUCCGGCUCCUCCCCUUCAGUCUUGAACAGGUGUACUGGCUCCUCCCCUUCAGUCUUGCACAGGUGUACCGGCUCCUCCCCUUCAGUCUUGAACAGGUGUACCGGCUCCUCCCCUUCAGUCAUGCACAGGUGUACUGGCUCCUCCCCUUCAGUCAUGCACAGGUGUACCGGCUCCUCUCCUUCAGUCUUGCACAGGUAUACCGGCUCCUCCCCUUCAGUCUUGCACAGGUGUACCUGCUCCUCCCCUUCAGUUUUGCACAGGUGUACCGGCUCCUCCCCUUCAGUCUUGCACAGGUGUACCGGGUCCUCCCCUUCAGAU